UUUGCCAUCCUAUAAGCAAAUGUCUUUUCUUUUCUACUUUCUUGUCCUUUAGCACUUAUCUCUCUCCUCCUUCAACUCCAUAUCCUUUCAAGAGCGAAACAGAAACCUACUCAGGUGAUUGCUAGCAGUCUUGUGCAGUUAGCAUACCAAAAACACCCUUUUUGUUCCCCAGAUAAGAUGGUCUCUUAAAGCCUACACUUGAGAUUUCCAUUUUAGUUUCUUCUUAUUGCCUUCUCAAACUUCCACACCAAUUACCAACCUAACUACUAACUUACUUUCUUUAUGAAAGAGAAAUACCAAGGGCCUCUACUUGUUCCUUUUUUUCUGCUAUAAAUUUAGCAAAACCCAGAUAUUGAAAACCAAGAAACAACCAAGCUUUUAAUCAUGGAGGCUUUUAAUGCUGCAAUACCCCUACCCUCUUCUUACACUUUCGCUACUAGUACUAGUAGCACUAGUUCUACCAAUACUAUCACCAAUCCUUGGAUGGACAGCAGGAUAUGGAGCAAACUCCCACAAAGAUUGCUUGAUCGUGUGAUCGCUUUUCUUCCACCUCCAGCCUUUUUUCGAGCUCGCUGUGUCUGCCGGAGAUGGUAUGCUCUCUUGUUUUCAAAUAGCUUUCUCGAGCUCUAUAUCCAAAUAUCACCUCGCCACCACUGGUUUCUGUUCUUCAAGCAUAAAAGCCUUAAGAGCUACAUCUAUAGAAACAACAGCUCGAGUGGGAAUGGCCAAAGUAGAACCAAUUUUGAAGGGUACCUCUUUGAUCCUCAUGAUAUUGCAUGGUAUCGAAUUUCCUUUGCUCUGAUUCCACCCGGGUUCUCUCCUGCUGCUUCUUCUGGUGGUUUAAUCUGUUGGGUCUCAGAUGAGGCUGGUACAAAGAGUCUUAUUCUAUGCAAUCCACUUGUUGGUUCUCUAUCUCAAUUGCCACCCACAUUAAGACCACGUCUCUUUCCUUCAAUUGGCUUAGCAGUUGGCCCAUCCUCCAUUGAUGUAGCAGUUGCAGGAGAUGACUUGAUUUCUCCAUUUGCAGUUAAGAAUUUAUCCACUGAAUGCUUUCAUAUCGAUGCAGGUGGGUUUUACUCUCUCUGGGGCACCACUUCUUCCCUACCAAGGCUUUGUAGCCUUGAAUCAGGUCAAAUGAUUUAUGCUGGUGAUAAAUUCUAUUGCAUGAAUUAUAGCCCAUUCAGUGUCUUGGCUUAUGAUAUAGCAGCAAACAAUUGGCGUAACAUUCAAGCUCCCAUGCGAAGAUUCCUACGUUCACCAAGUUUGGUUGAGAGUACAGGGAAACUGAUACUUGUGGCAGCAGUAGAGAAGAGCAAGCUCAAUGUACCAAAGAGCUUGAGACUUUGGGGUUUACAAUCUUGUGGAACAACAUGGGUAGAGAUCGAAAGGAUGCCUCAGCAACUUUACAUUCAAUUCUCAGAACUGGAAGCUGGUCGUGGGUUUAAUUGUGUUGGGCACGGUGAGUUUAUUGCAAUUAUGAUCCGAGGAUCUGAUAAGUCUCUGCUGUUUGAUAUCUGCAGGAAGAGCUGGCAGUGGAUUCCUCCCUGUCCUUACGUUCAUGGAGGUGGUGUCAGUAGUGGAGAUGAUAGUGGUGAAUUGCAUGGUUUUGCUUACGAGCCUAGGUUGGCUGUUCCAGUAACUGCGCUUCUUGAUCAGUUGACCCUUCCCUUUCAGUCUUUUAAUGGUUAAGUUAAUUUGGGUAGCUAGGUUUCAACAUUUCUGGAUGAAGCAGAUAGGUUAGUAGUAACAUUAUUAAACAUGAACUUUUGGGGUCAGUGUUCACAUCUACUUAGGUAUGCGUUUGUAAGAUUGGAAUCUAUGUAAUUGCAUCUCCAACUUGAAUUGUGUUCUUUAGCAAA